GGAGAAAGAGCACGCCUGCGCGGAAUCCCCGGGCGGGCGCGGGCAGUGCCACUGGAGGCCCGGCGGUUUCAGAGCUUCGCCCGGGACGACGAACCGCAGACGACCCGUACGCAAAACUCGGUCGUAGUUAGCCGUGUUUGAAGGAUCGGUCGGAAAAGGGGCCAUAUCACGCGACGACGUAUAAGCCCCCGUAGUGACAGCCUCGCGUAUACGACGUCGCGUUUCGGUUGUCCGCCGUCGAGAGGAAACGUGCUACAACCUUUGAACACACACGUUGAGGAAAACGUACCACGUCGCCUCGAGCAAACACGACACGGUGUAUAAGAGGUACAUCGUUCAGGAUUGGCGUGUCUAAUCGACGACUAAUUGGGAGAUAAUAUGUGAUCAGUGCGACACCGAUACCACGGUGGUGUAUCCGUAUAAGAGGCAUUGUGCGUGACAAACGAAAGAGAAAAAAAAAAACGUCGAAGGUGAUAAAGAAUCGUACUAUGCACGAGGUCUGGUAGCAUCGAGUCAAGGAGGAUGAACAGAGUGAUGACGGAGGGUUAGGAGUGAGAGGGUGCACCGAUCUUUGGUGUGCUGGUUGUUUUGAGAUGUCAGUGGACCCGUCGAAGGCAACUGCGUCGUCGUUCUCGUCGUCGUCGUCGUCGUCGUCACUGUCUUCGUCAUCAUGAGGAGAUCCUCUUACGUGAAUUACUACGUCCUGUGCCUCGUGUGCUGGAUUCUCCUAGGCAUCACCGGGGUGAGCACAAGAUCCCAUUCGUUAGUGAAGAGGUUCGACGGGAUUUACACGGGGCCGUACUUCGAUUCAAACACCCCCACGAACAUCACGGCUCAACUGGGAAGUCAUGCUUACUUGCCGUGCAAAGUGCGACAGCUUGGUAAUAAAUCGGUGUCGUGGAUCAGAAGAAGGGACUCGCAUAUCCUCUCGGUAGAUAGAACAAUGUUUAUCCCGGACGAAAGGUUCCAGGCGCUUUUCGUAGACGCGUCGGACACCUGGACCCUGCAGGUUAAGUACGUGCAGGCACGUGACGAAGGCGAGUACGAGUGCCAAAUCUCGACCGAUCCGAAGAAGAGUCACAUCAUCAAGCUCAACAUCGUCGUGCCAAAGAUCGAAAUCAUAGGCGAUCGCGACAUGUACGUGAAGACCGGAAGCACAGUUGCCAUACGGUGCGUGAUCAAGCAGUCCCUUGAGGGUCCUUUCUACGUUUUCUGGUACCACGAGGGUGAUCGCGUUCUGGAUUACCAAUUAAACAAAAUCGACAUCCAGACGAAGAGAAUCGAUCACGACACGGUCAGCAGUCUCGUGAUCCAUAAAGCGAGGCGGGAAGACUCGGGCAAUUACACCUGCAGUCCGAGUAGUUUGGACAGCGCGAGCGUGCAGCUUCACGUGUUAAAUGGCGAGCAUCCUGCCGCGAUUCAAAGAGGGAUCAGCUCGGCACCGGGUGGCUGUCCGACGCUAUGGUGGCUGGCGGGCGUCGUGACGCUGUAUUCGAGUCACGGCAGUCGCCUAUUCGUCCUCGCCCUUUUGAUCCUCAUGGUCCUUUAUUCGAAGAAUCCAUCUUACUUCGCGCCGGAACGAUAAUCAGAAACGAUAUGAGAGGACUAUGUCGAAAAAUGAUCGAUUAUCUCCUGCUACGAGACCUGGAAGGCGCCUCGAGGAACGUUCCAGCUACAAGAGACGAGAGAAAGUGUACGUGCGAGGCUUCUUCGGAAAGACUUCGUGACCCGAUGAACGAUGGAAGGAGAGAAGUUGAUCGAAAGACGCGAGCAACCGCGAGAAGAGAACCACGACGAGAAAAUAACACGAACAACUCGACGUAAUAACCUACGUCAUUUUGGCAAGCUGCUGUAUCGUUUUACUUUGGAAGAGACAUGGAAGCCAAAGGAGAUCUUGAAAUUCUCAGUCAGCUAGUAAAAUAAUCGAUUUUUAUUGUCGUUCACGCAUAACUGACAGGUUUCCUUUCUCUAAACGAUUAAGCAACAAAUGAUCGUACAGCGAAAACUACUGUGUUUCGAGGGAGAAAUCUUCACAACGAAGGAUCGAGUCCGCUUUCCGAACGACUCGAUCGUGAUCACGGUCGUGCGCGAUCGAGACAUCCGUGAACGUGACAAUCGUCGAUCGCGGGUGUCCCAACGACGAUUUUACUCUGUGUACGAGGGAAGCUCGAAGGUGUAAGAGCGAGAAGGAACGCGUUUAGCAUGUCGAGAUAGUAUGAUCCGGCCGUUAGCAAUUAGAGAUUAAUUAAUCUCGGGGGAGUACCCGUGAAUUCGGCGCGAGUUCUUCACGCGGUCGAAAAGUGGUUACUUGGUCGCGGUAGGAAAACGAACGACACGAAGCUUGCGAAUUACCCUUCCUCUCCUUCAAAAGCGGGACGAGAAGACGAAUUUUUUAUAGGAAUUAUAUAUAAAUACACGAUCUUCCAAGUAUUUCAAACACGCGCGAUAUAGAAACCUUUUAUACCCUCAAGUUUUACGCAACUCUAUCGUUCUAAACAAUCAUUCUAACUAAUCGCUAAACAUCAUACGUGAUCAUUGUACAUAUUUGCCUAAACGAAAUGCCAUCGUGAGAAUGGAUCGUGUAAAACCCCCCUGUAGCUGAAAACAAA